ACACCGUACUCUUAGUAUUUUUAUAAUUAGUUCAGUUAAAUUAAUUAAAUUACGUAAAGAAAGUUUCAUGAUAUCGAAGACAUAACACUUAACUAUAAUAGAUUAUAGCCACAAACAUUUCUACAGCUUUUAAGAAUCCCUGUUCAAUUAAUAUGGAUUCAGUUGCACAGAUAUACAAUGGUAAGGAAUCUUUAUGUAAUGAAACAUUUACUAAACAAAGAUCAUUACGCAAAAAUAUUACUGAAUAUCUCUGUAAUAUUUGUAAGAAAACAUUCUCUUCAGAAGAUGGUUUAUUAACGCAUAAGAAAAUACACAAGAGUAAAAAACCAUUUCGCUGUGAAAUAUGUGAGAAAUCUUAUGUAUCUAAAAGUAAUUUAACAAGUCACAAGAGGAUACAUACUGGAGAAAGACUAUUUCGUUGUGAAAUAUGUGGGAAAUAUUUUAUCCACAAUUGUAAACUUGUUGCCCAUAUGAGUAGUCACACUGGAGAGAAACGGUUCCAUUGUGAAAUAUGUACGAAAUCGUUCGUGAGUAUAAGUAACUUGAAGGAACAUAGGAACUUACACACUGGAGAGAAACGGUUUCACUGUGAGAUAUGUGGGAAAUCUUUCUUUUGGAAAAAGAGUUUUGUUAUCCACGUGCGUUGUCAUACGGGAGAGAAACCCUAUCGUUGUGAUAUAUGUGGAAAAUCUUUCGUAUCUAGUAGCAAUUUAGUACAUCACAAAAAAAUACAUACUGGCGAAAAACCAUUUCACUGUGAAAUAUGUGGUAAAUCGUUUGUCGCUAAUGACGAAUUGACAAAACACAACAGAACACAUACUGGAGAAAACCCUUUCCACUGUGAUAUAUGCGGGGAAUCGUUUCUUGACAGUAGUAACUUAACAACUCAUAAACGGACACACACCGGAGAGAGACCUUUUCACUGUGAAAUAUGUGGGAAAUCUUUCAGACAGAAUUCCCAUCUUAUAUUUCACAUAAGAAGGCAUACUGGAGAAAAGCCUUUUCAUUGUGAAAUGUGUGGUUUAUCUUUCGUUUCUAACAGUGACUUAACAAUGCACAAAAGAAGACAUACUGGAGACAAACAGCAUCACUGUGAAAUAUGUGGGAAAUCUUUUGUCUCCAGCAGUGAACUGACAUCUCAUAAAAGAACUCACACUGGAGAAAACUGUGUUGUUUGUAUGAAAUCUUUUGUGUCUAAGAAAGAAUUGCUGGCACAUAAAAAUACACACUUGAGUGAUACAUAUUCCCCGUGAAAUAGGUGACGAGUCUUUCAUCUCUAAAUCAUAUUUUAAUAAUACACAAACAUACACACUAGCGAAAAAUCGUAUCAUUGUGAAGUAUAUGGAAAAUUACACAGUGUAACACGAUUUUUGUGUUUGGGUAGCAACUGCUAUUUCUUAUUUGCUUACCCCUACAAAGUAUGAAAAUUGGCAAAAAAAUUAAUUUUUCUUCAGACAUGCAUCAUCAUCAUCAUCAUCAAAAGUCUGAGAUUCUGUCAGAUUAACCCUUUAGCACUUAAACCACCCAUAUUUGGCCUAAAUAUUCUGUUUUAUGCUUAAACUGGUUAGAUCUGGUUUCUCACACCUAUCAUACAAUGUCAUUCUUAAAACUAAACAAUCACAUCAUUGAAAUCUUGAAG